AUGCAGUUCCCCGGGUCCCGGCCUGCGUCCUCGGGCCGUGAGCCGCGGCCCCAGGCGUCCUGGAAGCCCCCCGCGAGCAGGAGCCCCUCGGAGCGCAGGGCCGAGUCCCGCGGGGCCCGCUGGCCCCGAGAGCGCUCGGCCGAGAGGAGGGCGCAGAGCCUGCGGGAAGGCUUCGACGCGAGCGAGUCCAGCCGGCUGUCCGGGACGCACCCCCCCGUUACCAUCUACCGGCCCUACACGCCCUUCCAGUCGCCGGGGCCCGGCGAGCCCGGCCCCGAGCCCACCGCCCGCAGGACCCCCGCCAGUCGCCGGGGCCCGCGCACACCCCAGGACGAGCUGUUCGCCCAGCCCACUAUUUUGAUCGCCCCAUCGCUGACCACCCGGCAGACGCCGCGGCAACCCUCGGUUUCUCCCCGCUGGGCGCCCUCUGUCCUGCAAACCCUGCGGUUUGAGAGCUGGCUGAGGCUCAGUGUGCAUUGCUCCUGCAGGAACGCGUCUCAGGGGCCUGAGCUGGCGGCGUGCUUGCUCUCCUCCUGCCGCCUGCACGCGCUGCCGAGUUCCAUGGCUUCACCUCAGUGGGGGGAAGGCGGGGCCCCCUCGCAACCUAUGUUUAGAUGUCACUGGAAAUUUAGUGACUGUCAUCAGAACUCGCUCAGUUCUUUUUCUAGGAAGAGGCUGCAUGAUCUUUCUAGACCUAAGAAACAAUGGGGAACCCCAGAUAGAAGACUGACUUGGGGUAAUCAAGAUUCUAUGUACCCUGUUUCCCCAUUUGCUUUGAAAGGUCACUUGACCAGAAGGCUCGAGAGCCUUGCCGAGCCCAAGGAGGUCUCCUACAGAUACGUACCUGACAGAAUUCAGUAUAACUUCAGCUGCGGUAGAGAUUCUGUCAUCUGGGACAUUCCUUCUUCUGCACUGUUUGCUCAUCCUUCCAAAAGGAUCCAGAAGCUUGCACAGCCCAACAAAUUCAAGAAAAACAUACAACAAGAGAGUCACUUUGGUGAUCAAGUGAAAAGAAGAUCCUUACGACUAUCUGACCCUUCCCCUCGAAUAUUAAGACUCUCAAUAGCCAAAGACAUAGAUCCAAACUAUGUACCUCCAAGAAAAAUUGAUGCCAAAAUUUCUGUUUCUGCCCUGAGAGCAAUUGCCACUCCAAGAAUUAUAGACCUUGCCCACCCCAGGCUGAAGAUAGAGGGUUUGUGCUAUGAAAGAGCAAAACUCGAGUUGCCCGUCCGUCCGAUAUCCCAGGCAGCUUUGCAAGCCAUACCUAGCCCCCGCAUACAAUCUCUAGCAAGAGCUAGGCCUCUUCAUGAAGAAUUUAUGCCUGCUCGUGAUGCCUACUGGCCAGUCUCUUAUGCUGCUAUUCAUUCCAAAAUAUCUCCCAGGAUUCAAGAACUAUCUCAUCCAAGUGCAAAGUCUCCUAUGCAUAUCGUGUAUUAUGAUCCAGAAGUCUUUAAAGUCAAGCCAGCUGCUUUGAAAGCUCACUGUAGUCACCGGAUUGAAGAAUUGGCGAUACCUAUUACACGGCCAUAA